AUGGUUAAAAAGUCCGUGCGGUGCGCGAACAAGGCCGCUAAGAGCACUUCUGCACAUCUCUGUGCGGACGCCGAAGCAGAAAACGCUGCAACCGAUGUUUCAUCGGUUGCUGAAGCGUCUCAGUCUGUAUCACCUGGUGAUGCAGACGCUCGUCAUGAAGACACUCAAGUCUUCACAGAGUAUGAGCUCGGUAUCUCAUACUCUCCUGAUACGGAAGACGGAUCCGUAUCGACGGCGAUUGAAUCCCAGCCGCCUGCCAAGCGUGGCAUGGACGACGCUUUGCGUCGCAGCAUCUUUAGUUCAUCUGACGAAUCCGAUGAACCAUCGCCAAAGCGAAGGCGCUCGAGAUCGCAAGACUCGGGCGCUCACAGUGGUGUCGGUUCUCCUAUUUACACCACUUCGCAACAAGGUACCAGUACUUCUUUAGGCACAACGCAAGAAGAUCGAGACCGUAACUUGUUGCGUCUCGCUCCUGAAAAGAAGGCAUGGAUGCCUCCAAAAUCCGUCAUGGAUCACUUGUCGGCGACGACAAGUGAUCGUUAUCGAACACGAUUGUUCGAUUCGUCAAGGAUCCAUCACCUUGACCCCAGUGCGAAAAACUAUCGCGCUGAGAAUAAAAUCUUCAUCGAUGCUUUCUUUAGACAUCGAUGGUACAGUGGGAAUCACAUGCGUGAUAGUCAUUCACUGCUUCAAGCGUGGGACGCCUACAUCCAUAACCUUGAGGAUGUAGGUCGUGACGCUUGGAACGACAACCUUAUCAAAGCUCGUGAUAAGUUUGAAAAGCGAACCCCGACAGGUGCACGCUAUAAGCUGCAUCGUCUGUCAAGGGAGAAAGAAUUACCCUGUCUCUUCUGGGGAGACCCGUGCCUUUGUUGUGCAAACAACUCGGCGCGCGCAGCUAAGGAGGCCUACCUCCUUACUAGCCCGUGGUGGCGCGUACGUAUCUCUACUGAGAUGUACGAAGGGAUUGACAACCUGAAAUCCCUUUACGAACGUGCCGGGAAGACUUUCUCCGGCGGUCCUUCUGCGGCACAGGAUGUGCCGCAUCGCACUGCUCGACCAGACCCAGUACGUCAACCAUCAAUUGGGAGCGGGGCUCCCAAGAAUCCCAGGACGGGGGAUAACCGCGCCACCGGAAGAGGCAACUCGUCCGACGUCCGUUCACGUCGCGGUGGUUCAACAGCUGCUCAAUCAGAUAUCGCUGGCCACCGCGAGAGUCCUCAAAGGAGAUGGAGGAGGAGGGGAGAUGCUCUCCAAGCUAUCUUGGGGGAGCGUUUGUCUUAG